AUGUUUUUUCGCAUUAAAAACGCCACCACCCUACUUCUCGCCGCAACGACGACGCUCUCCUCUGUGCUUCAAUCCUCGGCCGAAUCAAGUUGCAAGCUCAGCGACUCCGAACCAUGCUCCAUCGACUUGCUUAAGCCUUCCGAAGACGAUGGCAGUGUGAUUAUUUUUCCCGGUGGAAAUUCGCGCUGUGCUUUCGACAACUACGUGGACUUAAAAACGGCAUAUUCAUCGAACUCAACAUUCCUGUUUCAAGUGUUUCCAAAUAAAGAAAUGGACAAGUCGAAGCUGAUGAUAUUUUUUCAAGGAGGUGGUGCUUGUGUCGACCAAGAAACGUGUACUUUUGGCUUGCAGUGUUCACUGGCCGAUGAAGCUACCUUCAGAACUGCGGCGACUUUGAGCAGUGCGGGAAUACUUGAUCGCUCACUUUCGGACAAUAUGUUUAAUGACUGGAACAUUGUCUUCAUCCCGUACUGCACAGGUGAUCUGCACCUUGGCAAUCGAGUUGCAACGCCAUACGAAAGCGGAAAAGAGUCAAAACUGGGUAAUACGCAGUGUCUUGGGCUCAAUUACCCCAUGCACAUGAACGGGUACAACAAUACGAUAGCAGUCCUAAACUGGGCACUCGAAAACUACCCAGACGUGGAAAACUUUAUCGUUGGUGGAGAAAGUAGUGGAUCAAUUGCAGCCCAAGCUUACAGUGCUAAAAUCGCUGAGAUGUGGGACAUCGACCACGAAGAAACCAGUUUUUCCGUGUUAGCGGACAGCUACGUCGGGUUUGUCCCGGAUGAAAAGCCUGCUGCUAAGCUUUUGAUCACCUAUGGCGCAUGUUCUAACAACUUUGAGCUCUCUGACGACAUUGUGGCAGCAUGCGAAGCCGGAACGGUCACUACGGUCGAGGUGGUCACAUCACUAUUAAAAGCACAGCCUGAAAGUCAUUGGUUUUUCAUCAACAGCAAAGGAGACACGAUUCAGCGCUAUUUUUAUGCGCUCGUGGAGGAAGGAAUUCGGGAUUUUUCGUUUCCAGAUUUGAUCUCGGAAGAAGUUUUCUUCAGUAACAUAAGCACAAUUCUGAAUUCGUAUCGGGAUGUGAGCUCCCAGAUCACAACAUUUUUCGUUGAAAGCUCGGUACAUGUUUUUCUGUAUGACUCGAAUUAUACGAAUGUCGAAAGUGAUGAACAUUUGCUACUUGGAGAUGUGCUGAAUGAGUGGUUGGUUAUGAGCUCGGACCUCGAUUCACACCUUCAUGCUUAA